AUGUCAUGGCGCCCGCAGUACCGCAGCUCCAAGUUUCGGAACGUCUACGGGAAGGUGGCGAGCCGGGAGCACUGCUUCGACGGCAUCCCCAUCACCAAGAACGUCCACGACAACCACUUCUGCGCCGUCACCACCCGAUUACUCGCCAUCCUUCCCCGGGAUGCGCAUGGUGGGGGUGGGUUGAUGGUUGGACUUGAUGAGACAGGCCGGAUCGAACCAAACUACCCCAAAAUCUGUGGUCACCAGGGCAACGUGCUGGACAUCAAGUGGAAUCCCUUCAUUGAGAACAUCAUCGCCUCGUGCUCCGAAGACACCUCGGUCCUCAUCUGGAACCUGGACAUUGGGGAGCCGGUGAAGAUGAUCGACUGCCACACGGACGUCAUCCUCUGCAUGUCCUUCAACACCGACGGCAGCCUCCUGGCCCAGGACAAGAAGCUGCGGGUGGUGGAGCCGCGCUCCGGCAGGGUCCUGCAGGAGGCCAGCUGCAAGAACCACCGGGUCAACAGGGUGGUCUUCCUGGGCAGCACGAAGCGGCUGCUGACGACGGGGGUGUCGCGCUGGAACACGCGGCAGAUCGCUCUCUGGGACCAGGAAGACCUGUCCAUGCCCCUGAUAGAGGAGGAGAUCGACGGGCUCUCGGGUCUCCUCUUCCCUUUCUACGACGCCGACACUCACAUGCUGUACCUCGCUGGCAAGGGCGACGGCAACAUUCGGUACUACGAGAUCGGCUCGGAGAAGCCCUACUUGAGUUAUCUCAUGGAGUUUCGCUCCCCAGCCCCGCAGAAAGGACUGGGGGUGAUGCCCAAGCACGGGCUGGACGUGUCGGCCUGCGAGGUCUUCCGUUUCUACAAGCUCGUCACCCUCAAGGGGCUGAUCGAAGCCAUCUCGAUGAUCGUGCCGAGGAGGUCGGAGAAGUACCAAGAGGACAUCUACCCGAUGACUCCGGGUACGGAGCCAGCCCUCACGCCGGACGAAUGGCUGAGCAGGGUGAACAGAGAUCCCAUCCUGAUGUCGCUGAAGGAGGGCUACAAGAAGACAUCCAAGAUGGCCUUUAAGGCACCGGUAAAGGAGAAGAGGAGCGUCGUCGUCAACGGCAUAGACCUGCUGGAGAACGUGCCGCCCCGGACAGAGAACGAGCUCCUUCGGAUGUUCUUCCGACAGCAGGACGAGAUCCGGCGGCUGAAGGACGAGCUCUCGCAGAAGGACGUACGGAUCCGACAGCUACAGCUGGAGCUGAAUAACCUACGCAACAGCCCGAAGAAUAAUUAACUUCCAGGGACGUUUUAUAAAGAAACUCUCUCUGUUUAUA